AUGGGAUUUUCUUGGUGGUUUUGGCUUAAGCAAUGGACUCAAUUACCAUUGGUUCUUGCAUACAACUAUGUUUUCAGAAAUAAGACUUUCAACUCUGCAAUGAAUAAGUUACGUUGGAUGGCUAAAUCUGGUGAAGUUAGUGAUUUCAAAGCUUUAAUUAAUGAUAGAGAUGGUGGUGCUGUUUUAGAUGAAUUGAAAACCAAAAAGGGGUUCCAUGAAGUUAGUAAUGAACAAUAUAGUUCAAGAUCAAGAUGGGUUGUUAAAUCUAAGAAUUUAAACAAGGAUUCACCAAUUUUAUUCUUUGUUCAUGGUGGUGGAUUCACUUUAAAACCUCAAAAGGGUCAAUUAAUGGCUGUAUUAAAGACUUAUAGAGCUUUGAAAAAUGAGGAUUUAUCAAUUUUGGUUGUUGAUUAUCAUGUUACCCCUGAAACUCAAUUCCCAACUCCAAUUGAUGAAACUUUUACCGUGUAUCAUAAAUUAACUGAACAAGAUGGGUUUAAAAAUAUUAUAAUUAUGGGUGAUUCAUGUGGUGCUAAUUUAGCUUCAUUAGUCUUGUAUCAAUCUUAUCAUAAUUCAUUAAAUCAAUUCUUAAAAUUAUCUAUUAGACCAAAUGCCGCUCUAUUAAUGUCACCUUGGGUUGAAUUAGAUGCUAAAAAAACUGGUUCAUUCUUGGAAAAGGAACAAUUUGAUUAUAUUUCAUUUGAAAGUGUUGAUUCUUGGUCGAAAUUAUAUUCUGAAAAUGAUCGUUCAAAUCCUUUAGUUUCUCCAUUAUAUUUGGAAAAUUGGGAUGGUGUUUUACCUGAAAAACAUUUCUAUCAUUAUGGUGAUGGUGAAGUUUUAACUGAUCAAAUUGUUAAAUUUAAAAAUAAAUUAGGUGUUAAAGAUGAAAAUGUUUCAAUUGAACCAAACGGUUGUCAUAUCCCACCAUUUAUUCAAUUUCCAAAAUUAUCUCAAGAAGAAUUUGAAAAAACUAAAUGGUGUAAAGAUACUGUUGCUUUCUUAAAGACUGUUGUUUAA